CGACUGCUUCUUACCACCAGAAUGGCGUCUGCCGAAACCGAGGGAGGGGCACAAAAACCUCGCAAACAAUUCCUCCUAAAUGCCUUCGUCAUGACAACACCCGCCCACCUCUCCCCGGGUCUCUGGAGGCACCCCCGCAACAAGACGGCCGACUACAAUAAACUCAGCUUCUGGACGUCGCUCGCGCAGACCCUCGACCAAGCCGGAUUCCACGCCAUGUUCAUAGCCGACACGCUGGGCCCAUAUGACGUCUACAAGGGCCCGGCAAACGUAGACCCUGUCCUAGCAUCAGGAGCCCAGUUCCCGGUCAACGAUCCCCUCUAUUCCGUACCCGCCAUGGCAGCUGCCACGAAGAAUCUCAUCUUCGGAGUGACCGCCAGCACGACGUAUGACGCGCCGUACGCGAUGGCGAGGCGGUUCUCAACCGUCGAUCACUUGGCCGAGGGGAGGGUGGCUUGGAAUAUCGUCACGUCGUAUUUGGAGAGCGCCGCCAAGAACUUUGGCUUGGAAACCCAGAUCGAGCAUGACGAGCGUUAUCGUAUCGCCGACGAGUACAUGGAUGUUGUUUACAAGCUAUGGGAAGGCAGCUGGCGCGACGACGCCGUCACGCGAGACGCCUCAAGCGGCCAGUUCGCCGUAGCCGGGAGGGUCCGCCAGAUUCACCACAAGGGCAAGUAUUUCCAGGUUCCGGGCCCGCACAUCUGCGAGCCGUCCCCGCAGCGCACGCCGUUCCUGUUCCAGGCCGGCACGUCCAAGGCCGGCACCGAGUUCGGCGCCAAGCACGCCGAGGCCGUGUUCAUGGGCGCGCAGCUGCCGGAGCUGGUGCGCGCCUCGGUGCAGGCGCUGCGGCAGACCGCCAAGGAGAAGUUUGGCAGGGACCCGGAGCAUGUCAAGGUGUUUACUGGGGUGUGUGUGGUCGUCGACGAGACGGAUGAGAAGGCCCAGGAUAAGUAUCGGGAACUCCUGUCCUACGGGGACCGAGAGGGUGCGUUGGCCCUCUUUGGGGGCUGGACGGGGACUGACCUGUCGGCUUACUCGGAUGACGAGGACUUCCGCUUUGUUGAUAAGGCUGCUAUCCGGUCUGUGGUCCAUCGCUGGGCUAGUGUCGUUCCCGGUAGCGAGGGUUUGUCCUGGACGAAGGCUAGGAUCGCCGAGUUCCUUCUGGUGGGAGGCAUGAUGCCAAAGAUUAUCGGCAGUCCAAAGACAGUUGUCGAUGAGCUCGAGAGAUGGGUCGAAGUGGCAGGGGUAGACGGAUUCAAUCUUUCCCAUGUUGUGAACCCUGGCUCCUUCGAGGAUAUUAUCGACUUUGUCAUCCCCGAAUUACGAGCAAGGGGGUUGUUUAGGACAGAGGUUCAAACAGAAGGAGCAACUGCCCGGGAGGUCUUCUUUGGCCAGCCCCAUCUUCUCCCCGAUCAUCCGGGAUUUCAGUUCAAGUGGAAGGCUGAUACGUAGCAUAUUAACUAUGUUAUUGUUAUCAGGGAAGUUAGACGAGAAGGAGCAGGGGGUCCUCAUCCCAGCUUAGCAGCUUGAUAGGCUAGAGAUAUAAUCUUCUGCUGCAUCGCCACCGCCUUCGAGCCUGGCCGAAUGACUCCUCGGAUAAGUUCGUCCCCAUGCUACCUAAGACGCCGUUCCCGUGACUCCGAUAUUGGCAUUCUAGAUGCGCCUGCUGCCUAGUCACUGUCCUUGUUAGGCGGGCCUUUUCAUCAAGGUGGCGUGGGAGAAGAUGCCUUGUUCAUAACCACGUGCGUCGGCAGCCUGUGACUGGCUAGAUUCAUCUUCUGGGUCUUGAAUUGAUUGAAAAUCGCUUGUAACCUGGC